GGGUUGGAACUGCUAUACUGUCACUGUGUGAAGAGAACCAGAGAGGCACUGAACAAGAGAGAGAGAAGAAAAGAGACUAGAAAAACAUCGCUAGUGCUUUUGAGUUGAAACAAAAGGCUUUAAUGUUGAGAUCCUGCAGGAAACUGCAUUCAUUUUGACAGGAUUUACACUUAAAGAGUGACCCGAGAUCUUGCUGAAACUAAGAUGCAAAAACCAAAGGAUGUCAACACACGCGGCACAGCUGUGAGACCCUCUGUGCAGAUUAUGGGUACGAGCGCCAGUGCAACUUCCCAGGCUGCUCCGUUUUCACCUACACACCAGGCUGAUCACCAAGGGAACGGCAUGGCAGAGCACAGACGCUUACUACAGUCUGUGAACAUUCGGAACAGCAAAACCAAGUCCAUCAUCACAAACAAGGUGGCCCCCGUUGUCAUCACAAAUAACUGCAGGGAAGAAUUUCAGAUUCAUGACAAGAUCCAAUCUGCUAACUACUCGAGGGGAAGGAUAUCUGACCUGCUGCCUGAGCACUACCUAGUGCUGGGGGAGUUUUUUAUGGUGCAGGAUGUGUACAAUAGAGCUGAUGUCUUAAAUACUACAAAAAGUCACGGGGCCCCCAACUUCCGCAAGGUCAAGGGAAACUACCCUCUUUUUGGAAUGGGCCAACCUAGCCUGAGUGGCUUCAAACAGGUCCUCCAGAGAUUGCAGAUUGACGGCUUUGAGGAGGUGAUCUUCAUCUAUGUGAGGGAGGAGCCGGUGGUCUUCUUCCGCUCCAGUGGAGACUUUAUUCCAUACACUCCCAGAAGAAGAGGGAACCUCCAUGAGAACCUGCAUGACUUGGACAGAGAACUCAGCACUGAGCAAAUAGAGCUCUCCAUCCGGAAAGAGUUGUGUGACUUCGCCAAGCUGAGUGAAAAUAUGUUCUCUGUCUAUAAUGACAUUGAACAUUUUAAAGAUGAACCUCAGCAUGUGCAUAUUCUGUCAGAAGAGGACAUUCAUGUCACCGAGGAGGUCUACAAAAGACCACUUUUCAGUCAUCCAUCACACAGAUAUUACAGAUUACCGCUCCCCAUGGAAGGGGCACCGCUGGAGGAAACAUUUGAUGCUUUUGUUAAUAUACUGAGGGAGACCCCAAACCUAUCUGUGACGAGGGAAGGCUCUAGUCCUCUGCCUGCACUGCUCUUCAGCUGCCAGGUGGGGGUGGGACGCACAAAUCUUGGCUUAAUCCUGGGAGCCUUAGUCUUCCAUCACCUGCAGGGGGCAUCAAAGAGCCCCAGACAGGAAAUACAGAGUGAACACAAAUUGGAUUUCCAAGUGAUUCAGUUGCUAAUCAGUCGCCUACCUAAAGGUCAACAAGUCCUUGAUGAGGUUGAUGAUGCUAUCACCAUCUGUUCAGAAAUGCAUAACAUAAAAGAUGCUGUAUAUGAAAGCAAACUAAAGCUUGAAGGCAUUGGCGAAGAUUACCAGAUUCAAGGAAGCAGCACAAAAGGCUACUUCCUGCAAAGAACACUGCAGAGUCUUGAACGAUAUGUGUAUUUGCUGGUAUUCAAUGCAUAUCUGCACAAUCAGUAUUCACAGGCAUUUUCUCAGAGCUUCAGUCAGUGGAUGUGUAUGAACGCUUGGAUCUACAGGCUGCUGGCCAGCAUGGAUAGCUCUGAGCUUUCAGCACCAGCCAACCUUAUAACUAAUGGGAUUCGAGUUCUGGUGUCCAGUGAGUUCUUAUCAACUGAUUACCUCAGUACCGCCAAGGAGAUGAAAGUGGCCAAUUUCAGACGUGUUUCCAAAAUGGCUUUGUAUGGAAUGGCCCAGCCAAACUCUGAGGCUUUGGCUGUUGUGAUGUCCUACCUGACAGACACAAGGCGAGGGCACUCAACAUUUCUCUGGCUGAAUCUGCAGGAGGAGCUUGUGCUGGAGGCAAAUGGACAGAUGUUCACACCGCGAGAGCCAGGCUGUCUGGAACAGCCUAUUCCAGUCUGUGUUCAACAUCCACAGCAGCUCCAGGAAAUGGAGCUGGCCCUGAAGCAGGACAUCCUGAGCUGUGAAAAAUGGCUGGAGGUGAUUACAGAGCAGGACAAACAGAUGAGGAUGUUCAAGAGUUGUCACACCAUCCAAGAGCUCUUUGUCCACCAUAAGAGCGUUCAUCCAGGCCUCAGUUACCAGCGCAUUCCUCUGCCUGACUGCUGUGCGCCUGCAGAACAGGUUUUUGACCGCUUGUUGGAGGCCAUGAAGAGCAGUCUGGCUGAAGACCCCGGCUGCGCUUUUAUCUUCAACUGUCACGAUGGGAAAGACCGAACUACUGCAGCCAUGGUCAUUGGCACUCUCACCCUGUGGCACAUUAAUGGCUUUCCUGAUUGUGAAGAUGAUGAGAUUGUAAGUGUUCCUGAUGCCAAGUACACCAAAGGAGAGUUUGAGGCGGUGAUGCAGGUGGUACGUGUCUUACCGGAUGGUCAUCGCAUGAAGAGAGAAGUGGACGUCGCAUUGGAUGUCAUCAGUGAAACGAUGACCCCCAUGCAUUACCAUUUACGUGAAAUCAUCAUAUCCACUUACAGACAGAUUAAGAUGGCUAAAUCAGAGGCUGACGCUCAGUGGUUGCGGUUACGGAGCCUGCAGUAUCUCGAGCGCUACAUUUAUCUCAUCCUGUUCAACUCGUACCUCCAUCUGGAGAAGAAAGACUCCUGGAGGCGGCCCUUCAGCCAGUGGAUGUACCAGGUGGCAGCUCGAGCUGGCAUCUAUGCCAUCCUCAACCAUCUGGGCUUUUCUGAGUUUGAGAAUCCAGACGAGUCUCCGAUGAGCAGGCUGCGUUUCCGCUGGCUCCCACACACCGUCCACUCCAUUCCCACGAGAGGAGAACUUAUUUAGAAAAGCACAGUAUGUUGAAGAGACUAAAUACCAACUCACAUUUCACAAGUAUGUUUUUUUUAUUUUUUAUUACAAACUCUGUCGGACUUAUUAAAUCAAAAAGUGAUUUAAUGCAUCCUGUUUAUAUCUUAUUUACAUGUUCAACUCUUUAUUCGGCUUCCCAAUGUUGUAUUUUGUCCUUAAAAAAGCCCAAGACAACAAACAGAGAAGAUUGAUAGGCUAAUAAACCACACAUUAACGCUAAUAAAAGUAUUAAUGCUGGCCUUUAAAAGGUAGACUUGCACACUGUGGUUAUAAAAAUGCUGUGUAUAUAAAACAGUUUUAUAUAAAAAUGAUUUACUAA